CGGCCCCGGCCGGGCCCGGCGCUGCCGCUGCCGGGAGCUCCGUGAGGGAGCGCCGCCCCCGCUGCCAUGGCCGCCCGCAGAGUUUGGAGUAUGUGAGGAGCUGCCAGAGGAGUCACUCAUAUUUUAAUUUCUGCUUCAUCAGAUGCUUCUGCCCUGCCCUGUGCCUCCAGGAGUGUGACCCCCCCAGUCCUGGGGCUGCCCACAGCUGAGAUGGUGGCCUUCAACUGGAAGGCUCUGGAGAACUUCCCACUGCUGAUGUACAUUUUGGCAGCUAAAACAUUGAUCCUUUGCUUGGCCUUUGCUGGAGUCAAAAUGUACCAGAGCAAGAAAAUUGAGGAGAAACUGAAGAGGGAACGUGAGGAGAAACUGAAAGCAGAAGCAGAGAAGAAGGAUGAGUGAAGAGUGCCUCAGGUUCCUGGUGUUGGAUUCCCCUCCCAGCAGGAUGAAGCCUUCCUGGAAAAGAAGGAUGGGGUAACCUCAGAGUGACACUUCAAUUAUCUCUGUUUUUAUAUGUACAAAGCAGCUGAGCCUCUAUUUAUGCAAUAAAAAAAAAAAAAAGUCUUUGUUUAAAAAAUAAA